CUGUGUCUGGGUGACUUCUAGGUGGCCGUGCGCAGUCCGUCCCCUCCCCCUUGUCGCAGUCCCGCGCGUUCCUCCUUCUCUACCCUCCGCUAGGUUUUUCUCCCAGCUCCUGUCCCCGAUCGCUUGGACCCGACGCGCCGUGGCCCGCCGCUUCAUUUGGGAGGAAAGAUGAAUGGGCGGGCUGAUUUUCGAGAGCCAAAUGCAGAAGUUCCAAGACCAAUUCCCGUCAUAGGGGUUGAUUACAUUCCGACAGAGGAAGAAAGAAGAAUGUUUGCAGAAUGCAAUGAUGAAAGCUUCUGGUUCAGAUCUGUGCCUUUGGCUGCCACAAGUAUGUUGAUUACUCAAGGACUAAUUAGUAAAGGAAUUCUUUCAAGUCAUCCCAGAUUUGGUUCCAUCCCUAAACUUAUAUUUGCUUGUAUCAUGGGAUACUUUGCUGGAAAACUUUCUUAUGUGAGAACUUGCCAAGAAAAGUUCAAGAAUCUUGAAAAUUCUCCUCUUGGAGAAGCUUUGCGAUCAGGACAAGCACGGCGAUCUUCACCACCUGGGCACUAUUCUCAGAAGUCAAAAUAUGACUCAAAUGUGAGUGGUCAGUCCUCUUUUGUGACCUCCCCUGCAGCAGACAACAUAGAAAAGGAGAUGCUUCCUCAUUAUGAGCCAAUUCCAUUCAGUGCUUCUAUGAAUGAAUCCACUCCUACUGGUAUUUCUGAUCAUAUUGCCCAAGGACCUGAUCCCAACCUUGAAGAAAGUCCCAAAAGAAAAAAUAUUACAUAUGAGGAAUUAAGACAAAAGAACAGAGAGUCAUAUGAAGUAACUUUAACACAAAAGACUGGCCCCUCAGUCAGGCCUAUGCAGGAAAGAGUGCCCCAAAAAGAAGUCAAAGUAAACAAAUAUGGAGAUACUUGGGAUGAGUGAACAAGUACAUCAUUGGACCUCCUGAAGCAGUUUUAGUAUCCAGCUUCAUCUAGGUGAUCGUGAAAUACCUGCAUGCUUUGAGCUCAGCAGCAAUCUUCAUAAACGCAUUUAAAACUAAGUUCUGGGUUUCUGUGGUUUGACUUACUGUGAUGUUUAAAGAAAAACACAGAUUUUAGCGUUAGGAUCACGUAAAUGUAGGCUACACUGGGGACAACUAUGAGUGAUGGUAUUGUGCCAUGAUUGUGUACAGUUUGCAAACUUGUUUUCACUUACAAGGCAAAGAUACUCUUCUAAAACCCUUAAGAGACUGUGAUGCUCUCGAAUUUGCUUAUAUGAAAAUAAAUGAUAUCUGCAUGUUGAAUUGAGGUGGGUGGGGGGAGCAAGCAUAAUUUUAAGUGUUCAGCUUUGCAUCGUUACGUUUCUCUAGUAUUUGCUGUAUUAUUGUACUGUUUAUGGUAAAUAAAAUAUAAAGGAGCAUGCAGUAGCUCUCACCUUCAU